GUCCCAGGGUGGGAUUUUGGGGAUUUUGGGACCCCCCCCGUGUCCCCCCCAGGUGGUUUGACAAGUCGCUGACGUUGGUCGUGUUCCCCUCGGGGCGCGUGGGGCUCAACGUGGAGCACUCGUGGGGAGACCCCCCCGUGGCCUGGCACCUCUGGGAGUUCGCGCUGGCUCUGGACCGAUCCCUGGGCUACGACGAGAACGGGAAUUGCCCCGGGAUGGGGCAGGACAGCGACCCCGAGACACCCCAGGAGCUGCACUGGGAGCUGCCCCCGCAGGUUUCGGGGAUGCUGCCCCAGGCCCGGGAGCAGUUCCAGGCCAUGGCUGAGGGGCUCCAGCUCCACGUGGUGUCGGUCGAGGACCCCCUGGGACCCUCCGGGACCCCCGAGAACCCCCAGGAGCUGCUGCCGCUGGCGCUGGAGCUGGCGCUGGUCAGGGAGCGCGGCCCCGCCCUGACGUACGAGCCGAUCCCGACGCGCCUUUUCCUCGAGGGCCGCGCCGACGGCGCCCGCGGCGUGGGGCGACCCCUGCUCGAGCUGGAACGCGCCCUGAGGGACCCCCAAACCCCCCGGGGCCGCCGCCGGGCGCUGCUGGAGGCGGCGCUGGCGCAGGCGCGGGGGCGGCGCCGGGCGGCCAUGACGGGGGCGGGGCUGGAGCGGCACCUGCAGGCGCUGGCGGCCGUGGCCAAUCAGAUGAGGCUCCGCCCACCCUUCCUUACCGAGGUGCUGGGGCAGCCCUGGGCUCUGGCCUUUAGCCCCGCCCCCCGGCCACACCCACCGCUGCUGCCCCUCCCCCUGCGGCCGGCGGGGGGCGGCUUCAACCCGGUGAUUUUGGGGGGGUUUUGA